UAGUCUAUGCAUUUUGUCUAUGCUAUAAAAAGCUAAAUAAAAAAAUAGCCAAGCGUUUUGAACAAAAUUAUAACGCUUUAACAAUUUUGCUCAACUUAAUUAACUCCAUGUAUUUGUAACUGAUUACAGCAAGUCCUCAAGAUCGAAUUUAAACAAGGGUUGAAUAUUGUACCUUAAAGAUGGCAGUAAACGUAUAUUCAACUAACGUGACUUCGGAGAAUCUGUCUCGACAUGACAUGUUGGCGUGGGUGAACGACUGCCUGCAGUCCAGCUUCGCCAAGAUCGAGGAGCUGUGCACAGGCGCCGCGUACUGCCAGUUCAUGGACAUGCUGUUCCCCGGCAGCGUGCCCAUGAAGCGCAUUAAAUUCAAAACAAAUCUAGAACAUGAGUACAUACAAAACUUCAAAAUUUUACAAGCUGGCUUUAAAAAAAUGCAAGUGGAUAAGGUAAUCCCCGUGGACAAGCUGAUCAAAGGGAGAUUUCAAGACAACUUUGAGUUCUUGCAGUGGUUUAAAAAGUUUUUCGAUGCUAACUAUGAUGGACGCGAGUAUGAUGCAUUCGAGGCGCGGGGCGGCUUCAUGAUCGGGUCGGGCGCGUGCGAGGCGGGCGUGCCCCUGUGCGCCGGCGCGCUCGCGCCUGUGCCCGCGCCCGCGCAGCGCGUGCGUCGCGCCGCGCCGCCGUCCGGCAUCGGCAAGGCCAACACCACGGUGCGGUCGCCCCCUGUGAACGUCUCCAGGUUAAAUCAAAGUGCGAAAGGUGACUCUAAAGCUCUGGAUGAACUGAACCUUCAGGUAAACGAACUAAAAGCUACAAUAGAUGGCCUCGAGAAGGAAAGAGAUUUCUACUUCGGGAAACUCAGGGAUAUAGAGGUGAUCUGUCAAGAAAUGGAAGAACAGCAGAAUGGCCCAAUUGUUCAAAAAAUCCUCGACAUAUUAUAUGCGACUGAGGAUGGAUUCGCGCCUCCCGAGGAGAUCGACGGGGAAAACCCGCAUCCCCCCGAAGAGGACGAGUAUUGAGCAGGACUUCACAUGUAAUAUCUACGCGUAUCAUAGUGCUCUUUGUAUAUUAACUCUGAGUUAUAUUGCUUAACCAACACCCGUAUCGAGUGCUUAGUAUUUCACAGCCGAUGUACUACAGACCGCAAGAUUAACCCUUUCACUGCGUGUGACGCGCUUCACGCGCUAUGAACUUAGCUAUACUAUACUGGCAAGGUAUCUGCGGUGAAAGAAAACAUUUUAUGUUAGUGUACUUUAUAUAGUAAUUACGGCAAUCCGUCACUAUUUGCUAAAAUACAGCUUGACUUAAGAAUCAAGUGUUGAAGUAAAUUAUAUUUUUAUAAGAGCUCAUAUUUUUGCGUUGUAGGAAAAAGUGCACUAUUAAAACACAAAGUAACUAAAACUGGCACCACUAUUAUGACUUUCAAAAUGAACUAAUACUUUUGAAUUAAAAGGUGCAAUCAUUUUCGCUCAAAUGACUCGUGGAAAACUAAAUAAAUGUACAGUUGUUUUGUCUGUGGCUGUGUCAUACUUAAGCGCAUUACUUUAAACACUGAGCAUUGUUUCUUGACUGAUUCUGUCUAUAUCUGUGUAUAAGUUGUUUCGAUGGUAUGUUGUCUUCUUGUAUUGUUUAGUCUGUGUCGGCGAGGUGUCAACUGUGCAGUGUGGCGCAGAAUGUGUGCUUCUUAAUGUCCUUGUAUUUAUCACUUUGGGCCGCCGGUGCCUAUUUACGUGCAUUUAGUAGGUUGUUAAUUAUGAAAUGUUUACUGUUAUUGUACUUGUUUAAUUCUGUUGAAAUUUCGCAGUUUUCUGAAGUAUAUUGAUAACAAAAUCGUUAAAGUGAUGAACAUGUUAGAUCUGAUGGCCGGGGUCGGUCGUUACCCCGCGACGAUCACGAGCAAUGUAACAUUUUGUAAGUUUGGCAUAACUAUAUUGUUCUAGACGGCUGUGUAAGUGUAUUGUAAGUAAUCGUUCGGCGUUAUUGGUACGGGCCCAGUAUUAACCGAUGUAGUUAAGACUAAAGGACAUUAAUUUAACCGAGAUAUCCAUAAUGGUCCGUGUAAAGAUAUAUACUACAGUUAUUAACAUAGUAAACCAAUACACGAGAAUAAUUAAUUUGUCUGUCCUUUUUUCAAUAGAAUUAACUAAAUCAAUAGAAAUAACUUUGUCACGUUUUCCUAUGAUAGCGUGCUUGCAGUUGCACCCAGGCUAGGUCGAUCAGAAGUUGAAUCAUAUUCCUAUUAGGCGAGAUAUUUGAGUAGAUUUAGGUUAUUGACAUGAUAUCGUUUUCUUAAUUACAUGUUUACAUAUAUAUUCAUACUACUAAUUAUUAAUUUAAUGAUUGCAGUUGUAGGCUCUAUGCAGUAGAUACAUGUCCUUGCGAAACAAAAUUAAUACUUGGUAAAAACCAUGAUUAAGUUGGUAACAAAACGAUUGAAUUGAAAUAUUAAUAAGUACUCUCAUGAAGCCUGAGUAAGAUAUAAUGAAAAUUGUAUUUUAAGAUAGAGGGCUAUGUAAAAAUUAUAAACGUAUAUUACAAGUGUAUUACAAAAGAAAUAUAAAUCAAUAUGAACAGAUGGCCAAAUGUGGCCUCGGCUACUUAAACAAACCUUAAUUAAAUUGUGCCCGAGUCUGCCCUAUAAAUGAUACUAUUAUAAUUUGCAAACAUUUCCUUUACAUAUAAUACAUUAUUAAUACCCAUAAAUCUGGAAUGUUCGCAAAUGUCCAGAUAUUUCAUGUUUUUGUAUAUUUUAUCAUUUUAAAUUUGUGUAGGUAUCUAAUAACUUUUAGAUAAUAUAUAAUAUAAUAAAACUUUAUAUCAAAAUUAUGCAUGAACAAAAUAAGGAGCCUAAUAGAUUUUAGCACAGUAAUUAUAAAAUGUUAAAUACUUUAACGAUGUGCUAAUACUGAAAUUGAGGAUGACACCAACAAUUUGUUGCCAGAAAUUUAUUUUAACUUUUGCAUAUAUGAACUGCCUUAACAUCUGAUUUCCAAUGCAUCUAAUUUCAGAUUGUAAAUGUCUUAUCAAAUAAAUAAAUCUUUAUUAUAAA